AUGGUUGUCAAAACGAAACAAGAUCAGAUAACAGUUGGUGUUGCAGUUGAAGCCCUGUGGAAAGCUAUGGCUUUGGAUGCAGUUAAUGUCAUACCAAAGAUAAUGUCUAGUAUAGUCCGCAGUAUUGAUGUGAUUGAAGGAGAUGGUGGCCUUGGUUCCGUUCUGCUCUUCAACCUUACCACUUAUAGUGUAGAGUCCAAUCGAGUACAGACGGAAAAGAUUGUGGAACUUGAUGAGUCUCAGUAUCGAUAUGCUUUACAAGUCGUGAAAGGCCCGGCGCUAACACUGCGCAAUUUUUCGGCAUUGACAUCAUUUUUCCAACUGAGGAAAAUCGGAGAGCAGGAGACAUUGGUCGAUAUGAAAGUGGAAUACGAGACUGACAAAGAAGAAGCUAAUACCGGCGAGAUUGCAAUGCAGCCUGGAUCGGGAUGGGUUCCAAGGAUCGGGAUGGGAUUCCAGGAGUCGGAUGAGGUUCCAGAUGAGAGAGAUUGCAGCCAUGACGUUAGCAAGGCGUCAGAUGAGCCGUCUCCUUCCUCUAUCGAUUUUAGGCCGGCCUGUGGACUGGCUUGGGCUGGGUACCAGUCUAUUCCACGGGCUGGAGUGGAUUGGCUGAGUCUCAGCUUGUUUUUUCCACUGGUGUCGACCUCUUUUGCUUCCGGUGGAAGUGCUCUUAGGUUCGAUGCUCACCAAAGGCAAAUUUGA